AUGGGUAUUCCAGCUUUUUUUAGAUGGUUAAUUGAUAAAUAUGGAGGAUUAAUUCAAGAAACAACUGAACCAAGAGAAGCAGAUGGUGGUAGAAGUGUAGUUGAUUUCACAACACCGAAUCCAAAUGGAGAGUAUGAUAAUCUAUAUUUAGAUAUGAAUGGUAUUAUACAUCCUUGUGCACAUCCAGAGAAGGGACCAAAGCCUAAAUCAAUUGAAGAUAUGAUUCAAUCGAUCUAUGAAUAUUUGGAUCUACUCUUUGCAAUUAUACGUCCAAGAAAGUUAAUUUAUAUGGCAGUUGAUGGUGUUGCACCAAGAGCAAAAAUGAAUCAACAACGUACUCGUAGAUUUAGAGCUGCAUUAGACUCACGUUUAGAUAAAGAUAAAGAAGCAGCAUUAUGGCGUGAAAGAAUUUACGAUGGUCUCGCAACUCAACAAGAAUACGAACAAUAUAUGGAAGAGAAGAAAAAUAAAUUCAAAUUCGAUUCAAAUUGUAUCACUCCAGGUACUUUAUUUAUGGAUAGAGUUGCUGAAUCUUUAAGAACUUAUGUAGCUGAAAAAUUAACAACUGAUCCAGCUUGGAAAGAUGUUAAAAUUAUAAUUUCAGAUGCAAGUGUACCAGGUGAAGGUGAACAUAAGAUUAUGGAUUAUGUUAGACAUCAAAGAGCACAACCAGAUUAUGAUCCAAAUUUAAAACAUAUUAUUUAUGGUUUAGAUGCAGAUUUAAUUAUGUUAGGUUUAGCAACACAUGAAGUUAAUUUCGAUAUUUUAAGAGAGUUUAUUCAACCAAUUGCACGUGGUGUUUGUCAUAAAUGUCACAAGAAAGGUCAUUUAGCAAUUGAAUGCAAGGAGGAGGUCGAUGAUAGUGUUAAGGAUUUCCUUGUGAAAAAUUAUCAAAUUCUUCAUUUACAUCUAUUGAAAGAGUAUUUAGAAUUAGAGACAAAGGUGUCAACUCCAUUUGGUUUCGAUAUUGAUAGAAUCGUCGAUGAUUUCAUUUUCCUUUGUUUCUUUGUUGGUAAUGAUUUCUUACCACAUUUACCAAACUUGGAGAUUAAAGACGGUGCAAUCGAUAGAGUUAUCAAAUGUUAUAAAGAGUUGUUGCCAAGUUUCGACGAUUAUCUAGUGUCCAAUGGUGAAGUUAAUUUUCCACGUUUAUCUCAAAUCUUUGUUGCCCUUACAAAAGGUGAAGAAGAAUCAUUCCAACGUAAGAUUCAAAAAGAUGCUCAAAUCUUAAAGAAAAGACAAAAUCUAUCAAAUAUAGUAUCAAGACCAAAUUCUUUAAAUCUUAAUGAUAAAACUUCAUUAUCACAUAAAGAAGCGGCUGAUAAAUUUUUAGCCGAGAUUUUAAAACCAGUUGAAGAAACUACACAAGAUGAAGAAAAAGAAGAAGAUUCAAGACCAACUAAAAAAUCAAAAAAUUCUUCAGCUUCUUCUACCACAACUACAACCGUUAAAUCAAAUAAAAAAGCAGCUGAAUUAAUUAAAAAUAAACUUAUUGGUGGUGGUGGUGGUAAAGAAAAAGAUAAAGAAGAGACUGAACAAGAUGACGAACAAUCAGCAUCCUCAAAGAAAUCAAAGAAAAGAGGUUUAAAAGUAAUUGAAUUAGAUGAUGAUCAACAACAACAAUUAAAUAUAGUUGCAGCAGAAAAUGAAAAGAAAUUAUUAAAUAAGAAAUCUAAACAACAAAAAGCAGCACAAAUACAAGAGGAAGCCGAUGAAAAAGAACAUCAAGAAAAUGAUAAACCAUCAUUAUUUGUCAAUAGUUAUGAUGAUAGUAGUUUACCAACUGAAAAAGAGAUCUUUUUUGAUAAUAGUAGAAAUAUUAAAUACUCUGAAGAGGGUUGGAGAGAUAGAUACUAUCAAUCAUGCUUUCAAGUUGAAAAUGAAGAUGACAUUAAACAAAUUUGUAAAUCCUAUGUCGAAGGUUUAGUUUGGGUAUUGAAAUACUAUUUCAAAGGGUGCUCAUCUUGGGGUUGGUAUUAUCCAUACCAUUAUUCACCAUACAUCACCGAUAUCAGUAAAUUCUUUGACCAAUUCGAAUAUCCUCAAUAUGAAAUGGGUGAGCCUUUUAAACCAUUCAAUCAAUUGAUGAGUGUUUUGCCACCAGCAAGUUGUCAAUUCGUACCAAAACCUUAUCAGAAAUUAAUGGGUAUUUCAGUCGAUGGUGAACCAGUUGAGGAAUCGCCAAUCAUCGAAUUCUAUCCACGUGCUUUCCGUAUCGAUAGAGGUCCCACUGAACCAUUGUAUAAGGGUGUUUGUUUAUUACCAUUCAUCAAUAGUAUUAAACUUUUGAAAACUAUUUCAAAAACUGAACCACUUUUAACAGAGGAAGAAGUCGAUCGUAAUACAUUGGGUCAUGAUUUAAUGUUUUGUCAUAAGGAUUCAAAUAUCAAUAGUGCCUUUAAAGAGGGUUCCGUAACUCAAUUACCUGAAAACAGUUCUAAAAUCUAUGGUACCAUCGAGGAUGUUUCUGCUUUGGCUAAAAAGAAAAUGCCACCAUUAA